AAAUGCGAGCAUGUCCUGUACUGUACUGCUAGUAAAUAUCCUGCAGCAGCGUCAAUAGCUCCGUCACUCAGUAAAGUUUAGUGAAUGAGUAAGGCCAAUGCUAUUCUUCGUGAGCAGAAUACCUUCUGUUUAGCAGAGGAGGCUGUUGGACCCAUGGAAAGAAGAGGGUUGUGGGUAAAGGAGGUUGUGUUUGUGUGUUGAUGUCAGAAGAAUGAGAGAGUUGGAGAAAAGUAUGGAGGACAAGAGGAGGUAACACAUACCAACUGACAUCAUGUGGAAACAAAUUACACUGAAAAGUUGAGAGGAAAAAAAAGAGGACUUUUCCUGCAGAGGAACACCCGUCAGUGUGUGAAGAGAUCUGUUUGAAUUAAAACGACUGCUUCUCGUGUCCCAGCAGGAAUGUGGUUUGGGUUUACAUUUCGUUUGGUGAAAAAGAAAGAAGAAUGUUUUUUUGAUUUUCAGGCUUGAAAAGAAGACAUUUGAAAUUGACUGGAGAGGCAGUCCGGUCCGCCCAAAUUGGGAGAGCGAAGAAAACGCCCUGUUGCUUGCAGAGAGCUAAUUAAAACACUUUACGCCGGUGAAACACACUGGACUUUUUAAAAAUGCUAGGGGAACUUUUAUGUUUGUUAGCGUUAAGGGCUUUCCCAUAGACUCGGUGUCGUUUCGCGCUCUGUUUAAUUUUUGUUAAGUUUAUUUUUCUUUUUUUUUUCCCCACCCUGAGACCAGAGACAGUCUGAAGUCAGUUUCCCAGGGCGGCCUCUCUGAGGCUCGUUUUUUAGGCCCAGAGGCACUGACUGACAACAAAGAAAGAGUUUACAGAGAAAAUCCUCCGGAUUUUGAUAAAGGAAAGGGUUACACUAUUUGGACAGACUUGUUAAAAUGUCGGCCUCGGCGGAGAAAUGUGUAGAAACCCGGCAGAGAAAACUGGAAGUUAUGAUCAAGGACCCCAGGUCUCCGAUCAACUUUGAAAGUUUACUGGAUUGCAUGAAUGCCUUUGUUUUAGAUUUGGACUUCCCUGCACUUAGGAAAAACAAAAACAUAGAAACAUUUAUAUUGAGAUAUGAAAAAUUCAUGGGAAAGAUCCGGGAGCUUCAAAUGAAAGUGGAGGACUAUGAUGUGGUGAAAGUGAUUGGAAGAGGGGCUUUUGGAGAGGUCCAGCUGGUGCGGCAUAAAGCAUCCCAAAAGGUUUAUGCGAUGAAGCUCCUUAGUAAAUUUGAAAUGCUCAAGAGGUCUGAUUCAGCUUUUUUCUGGGAGGAAAGAGAUAUCAUGGCUUUUGCCAACAGUCCUUGGGUUGUACAGCUAUGUUGUGCCUUUCAAGAUGACCGGUAUCUCUACAUGUUAAUGGAAUACAUGCCUGGGGGUGACUUGGUGAAUCUCACAAGCACCUAUGAUGUGCCAGAAAAAUGGGCCAAAUUCUACACAGCUGAAGUGGUGUUGGCUCUUGAUGCUAUUCACUCCAUGGGCUUUAUACACAGAGAUGUAAAGCCUGACAACAUGCUGCUAGACAAAUAUGGACACUUAAAGUUGGCAGACUUUGGCACGUGCAUGAAGAUGGAUAAAACCGGGAUGGUUAGGUGCGACACCGCGGUGGGGACCCCUGAUUACAUAUCUCCGGAGGUGCUGAAAUCCCAAGGAGGGGAUGGUUACUACGGCCGGGAGUGUGACUGGUGGUCCGUAGGGGUCUUUAUUUUUGAAAUGCUGGUUGGCGACACUCCUUUUUAUGCCGAUUCUUUGGUGGGAACAUACAGUAAAAUUAUGGAUCACAAGAACUCUCUGAACUUUCCAGAUGAUAUUGAAAUCUCUAAACAUGCCAAAAGCCUCAUCUGUGCCUUCUUAACAGAUAGGGAUGUGCGGCUUGGGAGGAACGGAGUGGAAGAGAUAAAAUGUCACCCUUUCUUCAAGAACGAUCAGUGGACGUUUGACACCAUACGUGAGACUGCAGCUCCUGUAGUGGCAGAAUUAAGUAGUGACAUAGACACAAGUAACUUUGAUGAAAUUGAAGAUGACAAGGGAGAUGUUGAAACUUUCCCUGUCCCCAAAGCCUUCGUUGGAAACCAGCUGCCUUUUGUAGGAUUUACCUACUUCAGGGAUAAUCAGUUGCUAAGUGACUUAAAGCCAUCCUCUGUAGAAAAUGAGUGCACAACUUCAGAUAAAGGAGAGUCUGCACAGCUGCAGAAGAAGCUGCAUCAGAUAGAAGAGAAGCUCAACAAUGAAAUGCAAGCCAAAGAUGAGCUGGAGCAGAAAUGCAGAGCUGUUGGUAACCGUCUUGAAAAAACAUCUAAAGAGCUGGAUGAAGAGAUUAGCUCCAGGAAAAAUCUUGAAUCAAAUCUAAGGCAAUUGGAAAGGGAAAAAGCGUUGCUGCAGCACAAGAAUGUAGAGUAUCAAAGGAAGGCUGAAAACGAGGCAGACAAAAAACGCUGCCUUGAAAAUGACGUUAACAGCCUAAAGGAUCAACUAGACGAUUUGAAGAGGCGGAAUCAGAGUUCUCAAAUAUCGAAUGAUAUGAAUGUACAAUUACAAAGACAGCUGGAUGAAGCAAAUUCCUUGUUGCGCACAGAGUCUGAUACAGCAGCCAGGCUGAGGAAGAACCAGACAGAGAUGACAAAACAAUUACAACAGCUGGAGUCAAACAAUCGGGAACUGCAGGACAAAUGCUGCAUGUUGGAAAACGCCAAACUCAAACUCGAAAAGGACUUCUUCAGCCUGCAGUCAGCCUUGGAGUCAGAAAAGCGAGAUCGAAGCCAAGGCUCGGAGAUCAUAAGCGAUUUACAAGGACGAAUCUCUGGUCUGGAGGUGGAGCUCAGAAAUGUUAAAGGUUCAGUAUCCAAAGCUGAAAUGGACAAAAGGCAACUUCAUGAGAAGCUGACAGACAUUCAAAAGGAGAAGAAUAACAUUGAAAUAGACAUGACUUACCAAUUGAAAGUGCUGCAGCAGAGCCUGGAGCAGGAGGAAGCCGAGCAUAAAGCUACAAAAGCACGGCUAGCAGACAAAAACAAGAUCUAUGAAUCCAUUGAGGGAGCAAAGUCAGAGGCCACGAAAGAGAUGGAAAAGAAGCUUCAGGAGGAAAGAACAUCAAAAAUGAAGGUGGAAAACUUGUUGCUGGAGGUUGAGAAGCAGUGCUCUAUGCUAGACUGUGAUCUCAAACAGUCACAUCAGAAGUUGGAAGAGGUAUAUAGGCAGAAGGAAAAACUAACAGAAGAGGUGAAGAAUCUGACGUUGAAAACAGAGCAGGAGACACAGAAGCGCAGUCUGACGCAGAACGACCUGAAGAUGCAGAGCCAGCAAGUGAACUUGCUGAAAGUGUCAGAGAAGCAGCUCAAGCAGGAGAUCAAUCACCUCUUGGAGAUCAAAUCGACCCUGGAGAAACAGAACAGUGAGCUGCGCAAGGAGCGCCAGGACGCAGAUGGGCAGAUGAAAGAACUUCAGGAUCAGUUUGAAGCUGAGCAGUACUUCUCGACCCUGUAUAAGACCCAGGUUCGAGAACUGAAAGAAGACUGUGAAGAAAAGAACAAGCUGUGCAAAGAAAUGCAACAGAAGCUCCAGGAGCUGCAAGAUGAGAGAGAUUCCCUGGCAGCACAGCUGGAGAUCACUCUGACCAAGGCAGACUCUGAGCAGCUGGCUCGCUCCAUUGCUGAGGAGCAGUACUCUGACCUGGAGAAAGAGAAGAUCAUGAAAGAGCUGGAGAUCAAAGAGAUGAUGGCCAGGCAUAGACAGGAGUUGGCGGAAAAGGACUCUACAAUAGGAUCGCUGGAGGAAGCUAAUAGAACAUUAACCAGCGAUGUGGCAAACCUAGCAAAUGAGAAGGAAGAGUUGAACAACAAAUUAAAAGAAACUCAUGAACAACUGCAGAAGGUGAUAGAAGAAGAACAAGCCAUGGCAAUGACCAAGUUGCAGUUUGAGAAACAAUUGCAGUCUGAAAGAACACUGAAAACACAGGCUGUCAACAAGCUGGCGGAGAUCAUGAACCGCAAGGAAGUGCGGGUGGGAGCGGGCAGCAAGCGAGGGAACGACACCGACGUGCGCAGGAAAGAGAAGGAGAACAGGAAGCUGCAGCUGGAGCUCCGGUCUGAGAAGGAGAAACUAAACAGCACGCUGAUCAAGUACCAGAAAGAGAUCAAUGAGAUGCAAGCGCUCAUAACUGAUGAAAGCCAGGUGCGAAUUGAGCUGCAGAUGGCACUGGACAGCAAAGACAGCGAUAUUGAGCAGCUCCGCUGUCAUCUGGCCUCUCUAAAUAUUCAUAGUUUGGAAACAAGUAUUGGCAGUGGACCAGAUUUCGACACAGAUGAUGCAUACCCUGUUCGUAUCACUCAUUCCCACACUUCGGAGGCCAUGUCUUUCACCUACCAGCAUUCAUCUACCUCUGUCAGCAUUGACACUAAGCCUUCUCGAGCCUGUAUGCUUUUGGACUCUGAUUCUGACUUAGAGGAAGAGCCUGAACCUCAACCUGAACCUUUCCCUCACAAUCCAUCAGAACCUGAGAACACAGAAUCAAGAUUGGAAGGGUGGCUCUCCUUACCAUUUAGGAACAAUACUAAGAAGUUUGCAUGGGAGAAAAAGUAUGUUGUCGUGAGUAGCAAGAAAAUUCUGUUCUACAACAGCGAGCAAGACAAAGAACUAUCCAAUCCUUACAUGGUUUUAGAUAUCACCAAACUGUUCCAUGUCCGACCAGUAACGCAGACGGAUGUAUACAGAGCAGAUGUCAAAGAGAUCCCAAGAAUUUUCCAGAUCCUGUAUGCCAAUGAGGGAGAGAGCAAAAAAGAACAAGAGUUCCCUGUAGAACCACUGCCUAUUGGAGAGAAGUCAAGCUACAUUUGCCAUAAAGGACAUGAAUUUAUUCCAACACUAUAUCACUUCCCCACUAACUGUGAGGCUUGCACAAAACCUUUGUGGAACAUGUUUAAACCCCCACCUGCCUUGGAGUGCCGUCGCUGUCACAUCAAAUGUCACAAGGAUCAUAUGGACAAAAAAGAGGAGGUUAUUGCUCCUUGUAGGGUGAACUACGACAUUUCAACAGCAAAAAAUCUGCUGUUGCUCGCAAAUUCACAAGAAGAGCAGCAGAAGUGGGUAAGUCGGCUGGUAAAAAAGAUUCCAAAGAAGCCACCUGUGCCAGAUCCUUUCGCCAGAUCUUCUCCUAGAGCGUCCAUGAAGGUACAACCCAACCAAUCCAUUCGCCGACCGAGCCGGCAGCUUCCACCAAACAAACCAAGCCCUCCCAGGCCUGGCCCUCCACGGAUUAAAAGGGAAGAAUCAAGCAUCGGAAAUGCUGCUAAAAUUUAAAUCUGAACAAAGAUUAUUUUAUUUGUUUAUUCUAUCAGCAAAUUGUAUUUUAGAAAUGUUAUUAUAAUGUUAAUUAUAAUAUUUUCUAUUUUAAAUGUGAAAGUGUGCAAUGAAUGAUGCAACACUGUGGACCUAUUCUGGAUAGUUUCACAGAAAAGUUUUUUUUUUUUUUUUUUGGUCUGUGCCUGGAUUUGUUUGUUUAUUUUUCCUUAAGCAUGUACUUCGUGCCCUUUGCAAAAUAUAGACUACAAACUGAACCUGGUGUGUUUAACAAUGCGAGAUUAUUUGCAGGAUUGUGUGUGAAUGUAAAUGCUUGUAUGUGUUUUAGAUGAUGUUUACAAGUGUAGCAGGUUCUACUUCUUAGGAAAUGCAAUUCUAUAGAUUCUAUCCUAGAGAAUAGAAAAAACAUUUUUUUUUUGUAGUAUGUACGUACAGGAUAGUGGCUCUUUCAUUUGAUAUCGUAUUUUAAUGCAAAAUAAUAACUUAUUUAAUCAAGUUCUUUUUUUUUUAGUCAUUUUUGUAAGGGAUUGUGACUACAUUUUGGGUCUGUUGACAGUAUCUACAAAAUGUUGGAGUGAGGGGGGUAAACACAUUUUUUAAAGAAUGUAGAACUACAGAAAUGAUUUAGGUGGGUGUUGGAGCAAGAAUGCAUAUUUGAAUUUAGCUAGGACUGGUAUGAAAAAAAGGGCCUGCACAGAAGAGUGUUUUCCAUCUUUUUUGUUUCUUAUUAAAUACAAUUCUUUAGGUAUGUCUGGAAAACAAUCUUUAACUGACACCAUCUUUUCUUUUUGUCUUCCCAGCUAACUGCCUUUUAUUGGGAUGCAGUCACUCUUCAAGGUGAUGGGUUUCUUCCUAACACAAAAGAGACUGAAAAACAUAUAUGGCGUACCAAAAAUGCUACAUAUUUUUUAGAAAGACUUAUCUAUGUAUCACCAUGGUUUACAACACUGCUAAAAUGUAGAAUACUAAUCCUGGGGGUAAUAGAUAGGGUUCUUGGGAAACUAACCAGGUUACUGGGUCUCUGUCUUAUGUGCACACUUCUUCUGCAAAACUCACGGCACUACCUGCUGAAUCACACUUAUCAUACUUGCGUAACUACUGCAUCACCCCCAACAGAAUGUCAUGAAGUUUGCUUUGUUUGGGGUUGCAAAGACUGAACACUACAAAGACAUUUUGGAGGAUAUUUGCUGGAUACAAAAUGGAAUGGAUUUUUUAAAUAUCAUACACAGUACAUGCUAAGAAGCUGCAAAAAAAACUAUUAAUAAUUUGGAUUGUCACCCACUCUAUUAUAAUAUUUAAAGAACACAUUUAUUUAUUUUUCUUCACAUUUGCAGCUAUGCAUUUGUAUAAAGCCUUUGUGGUUAUUAGGUUAUAUGCUUACAAGAUCAUAUGGAUAUCAUGCUGCAUGUGAAUGUUUAUCAGCUGUGAUACUGAUAGUUUCAGAAUGUUACUUUUACUAGAAUAUACUUAGUGACAACUGGUUCACUUUCUGUAAAAAUAUUGCCUUAAUUUAUAAUUGUUUGCCAAUUCCUAGAAAGUGAGGUUUACUUCCUGUUAGAUAAUUGAUGUUAAACCAAGUUAGUAGUGCACUAUUUGUAUGCAUAACUAUUCAGUGUAUUCCUAUCUUUGAAUAUAUACCUGAACAAAAAGGAUUAGAAAUAUAAUUUGAGCAAUGUAAGGAAACUGUACAUUUCAUAUCUAAAUUAAUAUAAACGAGUGACCUUAUUACCCAAAGAGUAUGUUGAACUCUAUUGUGUAUUGUUUUCAUAUCUUCCUCACUAAGUGCUGACAUUUUGUAUUUAUCUUUGGUUUGUGUAUUCUAGAUGUGUUUUAUUAUUCCAAAAAAAAAAUAAAAAAAUAGCGCAUCUGUGACUAUUAUCUCUACUAAAAUCUCACAGCACAUAUAUACAAUUCACAAUCUUUAAAAUAUUUAACUACAGCAUACUGUAGAUAUAUUUUAAAGUUUCUGUAAAGAGUUCUCUUAACACAUAGUGAUAGCUACAGGGCUUCCGGUAAUGUGUUGAGAAUUCUCAUAGCUGGGAAGAGAAACAUUAAAAAUGGCCCUGAAAUAUAUAUUUAUAUAAAUAUUAUUUUACAUGCCAACUUACAAAAAAAAUAUAAUUUAUAUGGGCCUGUCCACUUUAUUUAAAAUGCUACAUUGAAAAUGCAUGUUUUAUACAGCUACAUUAUGUUAAAAAAGUAAAUAAAAUAAUGUAAAAUGUA